AUGACGCAGGAGCAGUGUCGGGAGAGUUUGCAGAAGAGUUUGCAGGUCUACGGGAUGACCAGCAUUGGCAAAGGCAAUCUGGACGGAUUUGCCACCUAUACUACGAAGCAAUCGACGGCUCAUGAUGCGGAAUGGGGUGGAAGUGCGGCAUUGAACGGGGUCUUGGGCAUCAGCCAUUACGUGUCCAACCUUCUUAGUUCUGUAUUCACACACACGCUCGAGAAAAUCGCGGGGCCGUCCGUCAGCGCUUUCGUGUUUUGCUUAGACAGCACGGACGUCGGGAAGAUGAAGGAAGCGGCCUCGUACCUAUUCGAACUCAUGUGUCUGCCGCAAUGGCAACGAACACCCCCUGCUCUCUGCGUCCUGAUAACCAAACGAGACUUGUCUGGUGCGCGACAUAAAAACUUGAUUCGGGAUGAUCUGGAACGAGAAAUCGAGAGACUCAUUCGCGCCUCACGUGGAGCCGUCCUGGCUGCGGACAUCCCCCACUCGUCCAACGCCGUGUCCCGUUUCUUACGUCGAAUACAACAAAAAUACCACUUGCCCGAAUUUGUUGCCCGUGUGGUCUCUUUUCAAGCUAAAUCCAAAUCUAAAAAUGAAUUCAAGUUCUCCAAGACGCCCAAUACAUUCUUCAGAUUCAAUAAUAUCAACAGCCCGUUCUUCCAAUUUCUUUCAGGUGAUAACCUGGAUGAAAACGUUCAACUCACGAAAGCAUUUAUUCAAAGGGCUACAAUCCUUCAACGAUAG